UAUGCAACUGCGUGCCACGACGUGCUUGACGUGCAAUAAGACGAGCCUCUAGAGUUAUUUUCAGAAAAUAUUUUGUCAUAGUUCGGCUGCCUUCUGCCUGUCCUUGAUUUUUCAAUGCUUGAUUUACUCCGGGAUUUUAAACUUUACCGCUCAAACCCUCCAAGACAGGCUGUUUAACACCAACUUUUUUGAAACGCAAAACACUUUGCAAGAGCUGUACACACACUGCUUUGUCUAAGAGAUGAAAAAAGUAAUUUUUCUUUCAUUUUAAUUUAUUUUUGGAUAGCAAAUAAACCCUGACGAAAGUAUUACAACCUUGGUUCUGCUGGGUCACCGCAAGGUUGGCCAAAACUCGCGCGACCGAUUUGGAGGUUACGGUUCCCGUUAGGCACCAAAUGUAAACAAAUACAGGUUACCAUGAACAAAAAGAAGCCCAAGACAGAUGCUACCUGUAAACGUUCCAAAAAUGAAGUUGUAAGAGCGGCGUUAGGGUCCUAUCUGAAGCGUCGGAAUUACACUAUAUCAGAGACCUUCAGACAUGCAGAGGGAGAUUCUGCAUUGUCUCACGUUCAGGACACUAAUCCUAGAAUGGAAGUUCCAAUGUCACUUAGUAGAGAACAGAUGGCACUCACAACUGCAAUAGAAAAUGAUGCCACUAGAAAUAACUCCAUUUUAUAUAGUUGCAUUAACAGUGAUUCAUCCCAAGUAGACCAACAGUUCAAUAAAUUCAAGACGUGGGUCAAUGACUUGGCAGCAGUUGAUUGUCGAGUUGAGCUGUCUUGUUUGAUCAUUCCUUUAUUUUGUCAUAUGUAUCUAGAAAUGUUGCAAGGAGGGAAUCGACAACUAGCACCCAAAUUUCUAAAACGCUACCAGCACACAUUAAUUUCUGAAAAUUGUACUGUUGGUAGGGUAACUGAAGUUCUUGAAGAACUUUCUUACAUUACAUGUACCCAGGACAUCAAUACAAGACCAAUUGUGAAGGCUUUUAGAUCAUGUAAAUAUCAAUGUCAACUAUCAGCAAAAAGUUUGGCAAGUUUAAAAAAGUAUUUAGCUGUACAAGGCCAUGUGGUAUUAUUUCAAGCUCUUCAGACAUGGUUUGAUCUUGAGAUACCAUCAACAUCAACUGACCUGUCUAGAUUAGAAGAAGAUGAUGAUGACAAGACUGAAUUUACUGACAAAAAGGAUCUGAGGAAUGAUGAAAAUACUGACAAAAGUAGUAAAGAAUUUCCUAUAACAGAAGGGCCAGUUGAUCUGGAAGAAGGGUUACGGCAAUUGCAAGAGGCUGUACGGCUGUUAGAAGAAGAGCCUAUUACAGCAACUCCUCUUUUAUUGUACACCAUAGUAAAUACGGAUUGCAAUAUUACAUGUGCAAGACUCAGUCAGUCCCAGAGAGUGUUGGUUGCUGGGUGUGUUACAUCAGAAGUGAGAGUCUAUCCCAUUCCUGGUAGCCGUAGCCUUGGGUAUGAGUGUCCCAUUAUUAACAAUCCAACUGCCCAUAUCAAUCUUGCCUGUGAUGAAGUUUUACCUCCUCGAAAAAUUCAACGAAUUGGCUUUGAAGACUCAAAUUAUGAAUCUCUUCGGGGACACAGUGAUGCUGUACAUGACGUUGCCUUUGUGCCAGAGGCCAACACUGUCAUAUCAGUCUCUGCUGAUUGCACUAUGAGAGCGUGGGACAUGCAAGACUUCUCUAAUGCUGCAAUUUACAGAGGGCACAAUUACCCAAUCUAUAGUGUGGAUGUAAGUGCUUGGAGUGUGUACUUAGCAACAGCCUCACAUGACCGUACUGCCCGUCUCUGGUCUCUAGAUAGGACUUUUUGCCUAAGAAUUUUUGCUGGUCAUCAGCAAGAAGUUAAUGUUGUCAAGUUUCAUCCUAAUGGGAGUUACUUAGCCACUGCUUCAGCAGACAAGACUGUUAGAUUAUGGUCCAUCGUGGAUGGAAAAAUGGUCAGAGUAUUCCCAGGACAUAAAGGAAGUGUACAUGCUUUAGCAUUUAGUGAAAAUGGAAAGUUUAUAGCUUCAGCAGGGGAUGACAAGCGUAUCAAGGUUUGGGAUCUGGCUGAAGGCACUGUAAUCGCGGACCUCAAAGGUCAUACAGAUCCAGUUGUUGGAUUGCAAUGGAUCCCAGGUUGUGAUGGUAUUGCCUCUUUUAGUACCGACACUGUGGUGCGGACUUGGGGGUUAAAUAGCACCCUAGGGACUGAAGCAUACACCACAGAUAUUCUUGAGUGUGACACAGGCUGCUCCAGUUUACUGAACCUUCAAUACAGUCAUCGCAACAGUAUCUCAUGCAUAGGGUGCCUUUGACGCGGAACCUUGUUUUCCUAUUUAUUCUGAGUUGUAUGUUUUCUUUAUUUUUUUGAUCAUGUCUGCAUCUGUAUGUGUUGAGAUUAGGUUGCGGAAGGUGGUACCAUACAUAGUUUGUCACAUUUUUUUUUUAAUUCAAUAGUUUUUAUUUUGUGAUGAGAGUUGCAUGACAUCAUACUUUAGUGAUGUUAUGCAUUUUCUUUCUUGACUCAACCAGAAAAAAUGGGUUAUUUUUUGAGUUUCCCCAAGUGUUUCAAAACAGUACAAUUUUUCCCUUCUUCUGCUGUAGUUAAUUGUAUUUUCCUUUAUGUACAAGUACCUGCCCCUACAGUCUUUACUAAUUUUGCUGAAAAAAAAAGAGUUAAUCUCACCCUGUGAUAUAAUAGCUCUCUUACCUAGUAAGGUCAUUGCAUUGUUUUCCAAUCUGGAGUUUAUAGUUAUAUUCAUGGUGAGAAUUGGGAAAGGAUAUAGAUGGAGAGAUUUACUUACAGUGGCUUCUGAGUGUAGUGGAAAUAUUUUAUUUAGAAUCAAAGAACAAUUAAAUCAUCCUCUAUCCUAAAAAUGAAAUUUGUUGAAAAAAAUGUUAUACCGGUAUUUUAAAUUUUAAGUAUUGCAACAUUUUAUUAUGUUGAAAUCAGCCAGGAACUGAUGCAAUGCUUAGAGUAUAGAGGUGCUAUAUGUUUGCAAUAAUAUCCCCCUCCUUUAUAUUUCUGAACCGCUUGCUCAACUGCGUCAUAUACGUAAAAUUUUCUUAUCAACAGAGCAUGGUUUAAAUUUGUGUGUUUUGUCUUUGUGUUAUUAGAUUGUGAUAUGUCUUUUCUUGUAAGUCUAGUAAGUUAUAAAGUUUCCUGUACUAUGUCUGACUCAACUUCGGUACUUAUAAAAGCAGAGCUCCAAGCUCAAAAAGGAAGUAGGUGACUAUGUGAGAUAAGAGUUGCGCUCUGUUCAAAGACUUCAACUGCAUCUAUCCAUUUUCAAACUGUAGGCCUCAUACAUUAACUAUAAUCUAAAGUGAUUAACUUGUGUUGAGCAUUGUAAAUUUUAUUUAUAUAACUUGAUCCAGUUCAACAACUGAAACAACACAUUCUGAAAAGAAAAAAAAAAGACAUCCAUUUUCAAAAUUACAUUAAAUUGUUAAUGCAAUAACAUCUCUAAUUCCUUUUCCAACUCAUCAUACUCGUGGUAAAAACACACAAAAAACAACAAGCAAUUGGGCGUUACGGAAAUGUUGUUUCCAUAACUUAUCAUUCCUUUUCAAAAAAUUUCAAACACUAUUCUAAGUAUUUGGGAACCUAAUAUGUGUCAAUUCAUGAACUCAUAAACUAUUAGAAAUA